GACGCCCGUCGGCCAUUGGCGCGGCUUGGGCGGUUGUCUUGGAGAAGCAAGAUGGCGGCGACGGCGGCCGCGGUGGUGGCGGAGGAGGACACGGAGCUGCGGGACCUGCUGGUGCAGACGCUGGAGAAUAGCGGGGUCCUGAACCGCAUCAAGGCUGAACUCCGAGCAGCUGUGUUUUUAGCACUAGAGGAGCAAGAAAAAGUAGAGAACAAGACUCCUUUAGUCAACGAGAGCCUGAAAAAGUUUCUGAAUACAAAAGAUGGCCGGCUGGUGGCUAGUCUCGUUGCUGAAUUUCUUCAGUUUUUCAAUCUUGACUUUACCCUGGCUGUUUUUCAACCUGAAACUAGCACAUUUCAAGGUCUUGAAGGUCGAGAGAAUUUAGCCCGAGAUUUAGGUAUUAUUGAAGCAGAAGGUACUGUGGGUGGACCCUUAUUAUUAGAAGUGAUCAGACGCUGUCAGCAGAAAGAAAAAGGGCCAGCCACUGGGGAGGGUGCGCUGGAUCUGUCUGAUGUACACUCUCCACCACAGUCACCAGAAGGAAAAGCCAGCAUGCACACCCCCCCCAGUAAGAUACCAAGGUAUAAAGGACAAGGUAAGAAGAAGACAAGCGGGCGGAAGGCUGGCGCCAAGAAGGCCAGCAGUGAUGCUAGUCAGAGCGACACAAGCAUCUCCUCGUCAGAGCCAAAGAGCAAAAGCAGUCUUCACUUCCUGGCCCAUGAAGCAAGAGUUGGGUCUUUGUUAAGCAGCAAAAGUCUAGAUGCCAAGGACAAAGCUGGUCUUUGUCCAGAUGAGGAUGAUAUGGAAGGAGAUUCUUUCUUUGAUGAUCCCAUUCCUAAACCAGAAAAAACUUACGGUUGGAGAAGUGAGCCUAGUAAGCAAGUAGGAAGUCUGGCAUCGCUCUCUGACGCUCCCCCCUUAAAAAGUGGACUCAGCUCCCUUACUGGAGCCCCCUCGUUGAAAGAUCCUGAAAGUAAAAGGGGAAGUACAAUUUUGAAAGAUCUUAAAUUGGUCAAUGAUAAGAUUGGAUCACUUGGAUUAGGGACUGGAGAAGAAGAUGACUAUGUUGAUGAUUUUAAUAGUACCAGCCAUCGUUCAGAAAAAAGUGAGCUAAGUAUUGGUGAAGAGAUUGAGGAAGACCUGUCUGUGGAGACAGACGACGUCAAUACCAGCGAUAAGCUUGAUGACCUGACACAGGACCUGACUGUGUCCCAGCUCAGUGACGUUGCAGAUUAUCUGGAAGAUGUUGCAUAGACAUGAGUGAAGGAACUUCUGAUCAGCAAAGGACAGAGGACCCUGAUCAGUUCCUUUUUUUCCCCAGUCACUCUUUGCUGGAAUGUCUGCUCCCUAUUGGUGCCUUGUGUUUCAAAAAGACUAUAGAUAUUUUUAAAAAU